GAGAAUAUUUUCAUAUCUAUUGCUUGAAUGCUCUUUAGUUUUGGAGAGGGUGUGUCCACUAUGUAUAGGGCUAGUGACCAGUUGAUAUCUUUAAACCCAGUACAGUACAUAGUAUGUGUUAAGUGUGUUCAGUCUCUUAGGCAGUCUUUGUUUUACGUGCAGUCUGUUUUAGACAGUCUUUGUUUUACGUGCAGUCUGUUUUAGGCAGUCUUUGUUUCACGUGCAGUCUGUUUUAGACAGUCUUUGUUUUACGUGCAGUCUGUUUUAGACAGUCUUUGUUUUACGUGUAGUCUGUAGUUGGCCUCCACUAAACUGGGACCUAGCAGUCGAGUAGGUAACUGUACACAUACAUACGGUAUUUACAGAACAGAACAAAGAUUCAUAUUGAUCAAAUGUUUCUCCUGAAAUGAAGGGAAACCUCUUCCCCUGUAGACUCCUGUUCUCAAAUCAACCAGUUGUCAUUAUCAAUUAUUUAUCAAUCAAUAGUUUAUUGAUUGAUUAUGGUGAACGAGUGAGCGUCUCUCCCUAUUAUCCUGUGUUGCAUGAGGAAAUACCAAACUGUCCUCUCUCUUUUUGUCCUCUAGAUCCACACUCGUAACUAACACGAUGCACAGCUAUAACUGUCCCAUAUUAACCCGUCUGCAUGCUAACGGUCCAUAACCACUAUCUAUGCGCUGGACCUAGUCAAACAGUGGUUAUGAUGAACUUUACAGGGAGGAGGAUUAUAAACUUUACAGGGAGGAGGAUUAUAAACUAUACAGGGAAGUAUAUUAUAAACUUUACAAGGAGGAGGAUUAUAAACUAUACAGGGAAGUAUAUUAUAAACUUUACAGGGAGGUGGAUUAUAAACUAUACAGGGAAGUAUAUUAUAAACUUUACAGGGAGGUGGAUUAUAAACUAUACAAGGAAGUAUAUUAUAAACUUUACAGGGAGGUGGAUUAUAAACUAUACAGGGAAGUAUAUUAUAAACUUUACAGGGAGGUGGAUUAUAAACUAUACAAGGAAGUAUAUUAUAAACUUUACAGGGAGGAGGAUUAUAAACUUUACAGGGAGAUGGAUUAUAAACUUUACAGGGAGGUGGAUUAUAAACUAUACAAGGAAGUAUAUUAUAAACUUUACAGGGAGGAGGAUUAUAAACUAUACAAGGAAGUAUAUUAUAAACUUUACAGGGAGGUGGAUUAUAAACUAUACAAGGAAGUAUAUUAUAAACUUUACAGGGAGGUGGAUUAUAAACUUUACAGGGAGGUGGAUUAUACACUAUACAGGGAGGAGGAUUAUAAAUUUUACAAGGAAGUAUAUUAUAAACUUUACAGGGAGGUGGAUUAUAAACUUUACAGGGAGGUGGAUUAUAAACUAUACAGGGAGGUGGAUUAUAAACUUUACAGGGAGGUGGAUUAUAAACUAUACAGGGAGGUGGAUUAUAAACUAUACAGGGAGGUGGAUUAUACACUAUACAGGGAGGAGGAUUAUAAACUUUGGUAUCUCUCCAGGAACAGGGUUGGAGAGUCCUGUACUAGAUAGAUGUAAACCUACAGGAGGGUAUCUCUCCAGGAACAGGGUUGGAGAGUCCUGUACUAGAUAGAUGUAAACCUACAGGAGGGUAUCUCUCCAGGAACAGGGUUGGAGAGCCCUGGACUAGAUAGAUGUAAACCUACAGGGCGGCAACAUGACUGUUUAGUGGUUUCUAGUGGCACUGCAAAUGUGUCUAUAUUCUGGUGAAAGAUCUGCUGUCUAUCAGACCGUUUUGAUCAUGAUCUGCUGUAUCAUUAUAACCAAACCUUUUACUGGUUGUUGUUCUCUCUCUCUCUCUCUCUCUCUCUCUCUCUCUCUCUCUCUCUCUCUCUC